AAGAGUGCAGGCUGCUGUUAGGCUCACAACCAACAGACUACAGCCUUUUAAUCACUUCACUGGUGUUGCUCUGUACAGUACUGGCUCAGAAAGAUGAAACUCACAGUAUCAACUUUUGUGCUUUUGAUCUGCACAGCUGCACUGCUGUCCACAACAGAGGGUAGACCUAAAAGCCAAAAGCCAGGGUGCAGAUGCCGUCAACAGUAUCCAGGGCCAGCAAUUCCUGCUAAAAAAGUACUCUCAUUGAGUGUUAUUCCUGCUGGACCAAAUUGCAAAAAUGAGGAGAUCAUUGCCACAAUGAAGAAUGCACAGACGUGUCUUGAUCCUACUAAAGACUGGGUGAUUUCUCUCAAAAAAGAAAUCAACAAGAGGAACAUCAAGAGCCAACCGUGAAUGAAUAUCACUGUUCAAAGAGCGACUGAAGAUAUUGAUUCAACUAUUACUGUAAUAUAGAAUUUCUAAUUUUGUCAUCUCUGGGUGAUACACACUGCAAAUUUUAAAGAGUGAAUUUAACUCCCUCAAAGUUAAAAUUAACAUUUACCCAGUGUAUAUAUGGAUACCAAUGGUAAAGUGUUAAACUAAACAAAUGAAUUAUUAACAUUCUGACAGUGUUACUAAGAAACUCUAAAAAAGUAAAAUAUUAACACCAGAAUGGAUGAUGAGAACACCAGUGUUGGUGUUCAAAGUAAAAUCUCAUGGAUUAACUGGUCAACACUGCACCAGUGUUCACGCAAAAAUAUUAACAAAUAAACUUUUUUUUUUGAAA